AUGGAAGACCCUCUUUUCGUUGACCUGCGAGAGCAGGAAGAUCUCGAAGUCCAACGCAUCCGAGAAGAUUUCUCCCAGAGAGCGCAAGCUGCUCGCGACACACGCGCUCUCAUAAUAUCGGUCUACCGAGCUGUUUGGGGAGACUUCUACAGGGACGAGGCUGACGCUUGCCUGUCCCGUAUUAACGAGCUCGCAACACCCUUUCCUACCUGGCCGCUCUCGAGCAGUGGCGAUUUAUCCGCCAAUGCCUUUGGCGAAGUAGAAGAUGGCAUGAUCCUCGGCGAAGUGGAUCAUGACGAAGAUUCAUACAUCAUCUCUGACUUUGAGGAAGCGGUCAGGGCAGAUGUCAUCUGUACUGACUACGCUGCUUCCGCAUUUGCAGCACACGCGAAGUAUGAAGCAUGUACUCCGGCAACACGGAGCAUCAAGACAGACGACCGGUCGCAUGUGUUGCAGUUUGUACACAUGGAUGGUCAGACACCGAUGGCGGUGGAACAUCUCCGUACAUUAUCAUUGUCCCAUGAGACAAUUGAUGGAUAUGCAAUUCUUCCACCACUGAAGUGGAAAGAUGAGGGGCUUCUUCGAAGAAUGAGGCAGAGAGACAUGUGGUUUACAACUUCAUACAUGCCACCAAAACACUUGCAAUUGGGUUUGUUGAAGCAUGUCAAUGAGAUUGUAGAUGUAUUCUGCCCUAGCCUCAAUUGUAUAGAAGCACUUUGCAUGACUCACAAGGAGCCUUCUGUUGCAUUUGGGAAGAAAUCACCCAAAAUCAGCAAUUCUGAUUUAAGAUGGCAGAACAAACAGCCUUGUGGCCAAUAUUGCUAUCUUAUUCAUUUGGAUGCCACUAUGGUAACUAUUGCUUAA